AUGUCGUCAACAGAGGAUUUUUUUACUUCAUUUUCGUUCGAAAAGGAAAUUGAGAGAGCAGAGUGGUUUAAGAAUGACUUGGAUCAGGGCGGAUGGAAGGAAAUACACAACAGUCCUGGGAGAGUUUACUGGCGGAAGACCUUCCCCGAGAAUGAAGUCCCGUUAAAGAUUCUGUUCAAGAUCGACUUGCCUUUGUCAGCGGAAUCCUACCUGGAGAUGGUGCACCCCAGAAAUCUGAAUAUACGACAAAAGUGGGACAGAGUUUUCGUGGGUCAAGAAAUGGUAAAAACCUAUCCAGAUGAUCAGGGCUUUAUACUGUAUUGUCCACUUCCCACUUCAUGGCCGCUAACAGACCGUAGUUUCAUGUUGUUCGUACCACCAACGAAAGAGAUCGACUGGUUUGGUAAACGAUGUUUUCUCCUGAUUCAAAAGAACGCCUGGCACUCGUCAAAGCCACCAGGAGAAGACGGCCGGGUGAGAGCGACCAACGGAGGGAAUUUCUUUGUUAUCAGCCCUGAUGAAAAUAACCCUAACACAGCGUGCACAAUUUUCAGCCUUUCAAACAACAACUACAAUGGAUGGUUGCCAAAUAAGCAUAUUGAGUGGCUACUGUCGAAAGCGGUGGUUUCUUCCUUCAAUCGCUUCCUUAAUUGCAUGAUUGAAGGCUACGAAAAGUACUACAAACAGAAAUGA